AAGAUUAUACACAGUCAACGGAGUUGGUAGUUCUUACCUGAUCAAUUCCUCUUUACCAUUUCCUCGUCAAAAUUCUCCACACAAAACCCCUCAAUUCUUCAGCGCUGAAUUGUUUCCUUGAUUUCCCAGAAUAAAAAUCCAAUCUUGCCAAGGAUCCAGCUCUAAAAAUGCAUGAUUUUUGCUUCACGAUCCCAUAUGGGCUGCUCUUGGUGUGCGGCGGCGCGAUCGGCUUCCUCAAGAAAGGCAGCGUCGCCUCUCUCGGCGGCGGCGUCGGCACUGGAUUGCUGCUCGUCCUCGCCGGUUAUCUAAGUCUCCAAGCAUUUCACAAGCGCAAAAAUUCUUACCUUGCUUUGAUUCUUGAAACGGCAAUUGCUGCAACACUAUCAUACAUCAUGGGCCAACGAUACAUGAAAACCCAAAAAAUCAUGCCAGCUGGUAUCGUUGCUGGGAUCAGUGUCGUGAUGGCUGUAUUCUACCUAUACAAGAUUGUGACUGGAGGAAAUCAUAUUCCACCAAAGACCGAGUAAUGGAGACGAGAAAACACCAUACUGCCUGGCCGAUUAGAGUUACAGUGCAGAAAGGUUACUGUUCCAACUUAUUCCUUAGAUGUUAACAAAUUUAUGUUACUGCAUCUCAAAGAUUAGCCGACAUGUCAUGUUACUUCAUUUUCAUGUUCUAGUAUGUCAAAUGUAUUGUAUGUGUGAUUGAUUCAUAAUUUUAUCAGAAUAAGUAUGUAUUUGUCAACUUUUAUAUAAAUCUAAAGAGUUCUAAAUGCUAA